GAGGUUGUUUCAACCAACAGAGGUUGUGUUUCGGAAAGAAAAUUCAUGGUCAAUUCGAGAAGCAAAAUAUUCGUUUUGUUCUUGACAACACAGAGUCGAGAAUGUGGUAUGAGAUACUGCCAGGUCUAGCCAUUUUUGCGGGCUGCCUCAGUGCGGUAGGAGUAGUAAACAUCGGCUUUCAAAAGCUAGGGAAUGGUGGAAAGCUCAGGAGGGUAGCUUCAAACCAUUUUGAAUAUAGAUUACUAAGACGAGACGAAAUGAUCGCAGGCAAAGGAUAUUACUCAAAGGGGCUUGAAGCACUGCCGGAUGUGCCACUGACGAAGAACUAAAAGAUGCACAAAGCAAUAACCACCACAAGAGGGCUGCCUACCCUCAAGAGAUCAUCGCAAUGACAAGAUUGAAGGAGGAAUGUACAACUGUGAUAUCAAACAUGAAGGAUCUGGAUUGUUCGCAAGAUUUUUUGCGCAUGAAAAUAAACCCAAUUUAUAUAAAGAGUAGCAACCAAUAGACCUUUAUCAUGGUGCGGCCGUCUUGGAUUUUUCCCAUUGACGUCAAUGUAACCAAACCGAGGCUGGAAGAACAAAAUAGUCUGGUUCCUAUUUGCAAAAUGAUUAUCAGCAUUCAUUAUUGUCAUUCGAUACAAGAAACAUGACCAAACUGGAGUCAGCAUGAUAACGGUCUAUAAGGGCAACUAAUGAAGCAGACAAUAAAUAUGCCAUGGCCCAAUUUCAUAAAGCUGUUAAGCAGAAAAUACUGCCUGAAAAAAAAUUUAGUGGGGCACCAGUCAC